AUGGCGCCUGCUCCUGACAAGCUGACAGGCCUGCUGAGCCUGACUCUGGAUGCCGGAUCCUGGAACCAGGCGAGCUCCUCGCCCAGGCGACAUUUCCACUUGUCAUGCUUUUGCUUGACGCCAACGCCAUUGGCAGUCCCUGGAAGUGACGUCGGAUCGGGAUCGGGAUCUGGUUGGCUAAAGCCGCACGACAACUGCCUGAAUACCUCGAUGUAUGGCUAUGAGGGAAUUUCCUUUGGGGGAAAUGGCUACAUGUUGAGGCAGCACCUCCAACCUGUGGCAUCAAAGCAGUUCUGGAACCGAAACCAGCGCUCGGUGUCCCUGCCCAGAAGCGAGUUGGUGGAAAUAAACCCCAUGAUGCCCGGCAGGAGCGGCGCAGCAGAAGGAGCAGCCGGGCUAUCAUCAUCCGGACCUCAGAUGACGGUGGAGACCCUGUUCCCCAGUUCUUCCUCGCCGGGGAACGGGCAGACAAAACCGGAUGGAAAGCCCAACCUCGACCGAAUUAUGAAGGAAAGCUCGUCUAAGAACUUGGCGGAGAUAGCUGGGACUCCACUCUCUCCUAAGGAGAAUUCAGAUGGCACUUUGCGUAGAACGAGCGACAAGGAGAACAUGCAUCACCGCCAGGGACCGACAGGGAGUCGCCACCUGGCUGCCACUGCCUCAAGACUCCCGUCGAAGAUGGAUGAGUUGGGUGACGACUGGCGGAAAUCUUCUCAAGUCGCCGUUUCCGCCCGGGAGAAUCGUAGUAGCUUUCAGCUGACCAGUACUGUUGCUUCUACAAGUUAUAUUGUCAUUUCAAGCGACGACGACGAUUACCCUGACUCAAAACUGGGAGACUGGGAAACUGGGAAAAAGAUCCACACACUCGCAGGAGAGACAGCGAAGAAGCGUGCCGAAGAUCAGAAGUCAGGAGAGGUUGCCCAUCCAGCCAGUCAAGGUACCAAGACCAAGGCCACGAGCCAGUUGACUGAUCCUAAGCGGAGGAAAGUGGGCUCGUGGGACUUCGUUUACCAUCAGAACCUGAGUGAUAAGAUCGCCGUGACCACUGUGAUGCCCAAGUUCUGUUCCCUUUGGGACUCCUCUCUGUCGCCGGACAGCCAGCCGUCGACCAGUAACAACAAUCCAACUCGGAACGCGACGAGUCUACAGUCCGGAUGGAAUGCGCCGCCGACCAAUGACGCGGACUUCUGCUUCGUCGAGGACCUGGACAAUAGGCGGGUGGUUGAAGAACUGAUGCCCGAGCUGCUAACGCCUCCGCGCACUGCCCAGCCGCUGGAAAAGAACUCCCCAACUCGGGACUUGUUUUCCUUGUUGGGCGACGACGACAACUUUCCGCUUAGCAUCUGCACCGACGAGAGCUCCAACAGGGAUCCCUUGUGGGGCUCCACCUGCAUUCGCUGGGAAGAAAGAAAAGGAAAGGAAAGGCACUGGGACAGCGCUUGGAAGAACGACCUGUGCGAGAGCGCCAUUCGGGACAUCCCAGUCCCAGCAGCUCCUCCGUCAAGCGUGGACAGCUGGCGGGCCGUCGAGACCAUCUGCAUGCGAAUGAGGGGCGUCGAUGUGCCGGACAACCUGGGGUUUCCCGAGGAACCUCCGUCCUUCGAUGAUCUGCUCGAUGUCCUAGGCGUCUGGGAGCAGGAGGACAAGGCGGACCCCAAGAAUUAG